AUGAGCUCUGAGGCUGAGCAAUCUACAGAUCAGGAUGCUUAUGACAUGUCAGAUGCCCGUCUGGCUCUGACCCUGUGUAUCACCAAGAACCGAGCAGGAUCAGAAACUGAUGUGAAGGCCCUGGAGCAGAUGUAUGAGGCCCUGGGCUUUAAGAGCACAGUGAGAAGGAAUAUUCCAGCUAAGGGCUUCUGGGAGGAGCUGGAGAAGUUCCGAGAUGACAUGGACCAGACGAAAGACCCAAUAAGCUGCUGCUUUGUGGUGCUUAUGGCCCAUGGCGAGGAAGGCAUACUGCAAGGAAUCGACAGCAACACCAUUGAGUUGGACAAACUCUUUACCCUGCUUAACAACGAGAACUGCCAGGCCCUUCGGGGCAAGCCCAAGGUGUUCAUUGUACAAGCCUGCAGAGGAGAGCAGAAAGAUGCUGGUGAGGUGGUUCAGCCAGCAGAGACUGGAGGGACUGUCCUCUUGUCAGAGAAACAGCCUCCCAAGCUCCCAACCUUCACAGACGCCCUGCAUGUCUUCGCCACUGUGGAGGGAUACAUUGCCUACCGGAAUGAGGACGAUGGUUCCUUUUUCAUCCAGACCUUGGUGGACGUGUUCACGAAUAUGGAAGGCCACAUCCUGGAUCUCCUGACUGAGGUGACCCGGCGCAUGGCUGAUGCUGAGCUGAUGGAAGGAGGCAAGCCUAGGAAGGUGAACCCUGAGGUCCAGAGCACUCUCCGAAAGCUGCUCUAUCUGCGAUAG